GGAUCAGAGCGUGCGUUCGGGGGGACCUCAUCAGAGUAAAGCAGCCAGGCACUGGCCUGAGAGCCGGCUUUCCACUCUCCACUCGGAGCGAAGUCUGCGUUACCGGGAUAGCGGGAGAGACUGGAUUGAGGGCGGAGGCGAGGUGCUCGCCAGCCCGCAUGCGCAGAGCCGCCGCGGUCGGACUACAACUCCCAGAGGAGUCUCACGGAGGCCGCCUGCCCCGACGCCAUCUUGAAAUCUGAUGCCUCAUCGCCGGGGUUUUGCGUCAGCCCUGAGCCGCCGCUACUGUCCCAGAGCCCAGCCUGCCCGCCCGGGAGGACGCAGAGGACGCGGCGGCCCGCGAGAGAGACAGCUGUGGGGGCCUUGGCAGCGUCCGCGCGCAGCUCGCAUCCUGUCACUCAGCAUCCCCCUCGGUGCUUCGGCGCCCGCCCCCUGCCCGAGGGGCGGGGCUGGCCGUGUGGUACCCAGAGCCUGCGCGCUCCGAGGUGGACCCCUACCCAGUGAGGACCCGGGGCAGGGCCAUGCCAGCCACAGACAAUCAAGGUGGGGAGAGACACGCAUCGCGGAGCCAGUGAGCAACUCGUGGCUGGAGCCGUUACCGAGAAAGAAACUCGGCACUCUCCCGGAGUAAAGAUGAAAGAGAUUUGCAGGAUCUGUGCCCGGGAGCUGUGCGGAAACCAGCGGCGUUGGAUCUUCCACACAGCGUCCAAGCUCAACCUCCAGGUUCUGCUCUCGUACGUCCUCGGCAAAGAUGUCACUCGGGAUGGCAGAGCCGAGUUUGCCUGCAGCAAGUGUGCUUUCAUGCUCGAUCGCAUCUAUCGAUUCGAUACUGUUAUUGCCAGGAUCGAAGCCCUUUCUCUUGAGCGCUUGCAGAAGCUGCUGCUGGAAAAGGAUCGCCUCAAGUUCUGCAUUGCCAGUAUGUAUCGGAAGAAUAACGAUGACUCCGGCGAGGAGAUCAAGGCGGGGAGUGGGACUGUUGACAUUUCCAGCUUGCCAGAUAUGAGGUACUCUGCACUGCUCCAGGAAGACUUUGCCUAUUCAGGGUUUGAGUGCUGGGUAGAAAAUGAGGAACAGAGUCAGGAGUCCCACAGCUGUCAUGGUUCUGAAGGCCCCGGAAACCGACCCAGGAGAUGCCGUGGUUGUGCCUCUUUGCGGGUUGCGGAUUCUGACUAUGAAGCCAUUUGUAAGGUGCCUCGAAAAGUGGCCAGAAGUAUUUCUUAUGCCCCUUCUAGCAGGUACUCCGCCAGCAUUUGCACCGAAGAACCGGCAUUGUCAGAGGUUGGGCCACCAGACUUAGCAAGCACAAAAGUACCCCCGGAUGGAGAAAGCAUGGAGGAAGGCACGCCAGGUUCCUCUGUGGAAUCUUUAGAUGCUAGUGUCCAGGCCAGUCCUCCACAACAGAAAGACGAGGAAACGGAGAGAAGUGCGAAAGAACUUCCAAAGUGUGACUAUUGUUCCGAUGAACAGGCGCCACACCAUUUUUGUAACCACAAACUGGAGCUAGCUCUUAGCAUGAUUAAAGGUCUUGAAUAUAAGCCCCUUCAAAGUCCCCGAGGGAGCAAGCUUCCAAUUCCAGUGAAAUCCAGCCCACUUGGAGCCAAGCCUGGCCAUAUCAUGACAAAUGGAGUUAGUUCCAAUUUCCUUAACAGGCCUUUGACACCCGUGAGUUAUCCUUUGGAGCUCUCAGACCUACAGGAGCUGUGGGAUGAUCUCUAUGAAGAGUAUUUGCCACUUCAGUUCCAGCCCCAGCCUGUGAAGUUACUCAAGCAACAAAAGCCUGACUCAGAUGAGACCCCUGCCAUCCAGCCUGUUAUCGAGAAAUCUGUGUCUGACUCCGACUUGGAAGAACUCCGGGACAAAAUCCAGCAAACAGAGGUCAGCAACAAGAUUCUUCAAGAGAAACUGAAUGAAAUGAGCUGUGAACUAAGAUCUGCACAGGAGUCGUCCCGGAAGCAAGAUGUGACAAUUCAAAGCCUCAAGGAAUCGCUAAAAAGCAGGGAAAGUGAGACCGAGGAGCUGUACCAGGUGGUCGAAGGUCAAAAUGACACAAUGGCAAAGCUUCGAGAAAUGCUGCACCAAAGCCAGCUUGGACAACUUCAUAGCUCAGAGGGCAUUGCCUCAACUCAGCAACAGGCGACCCUGCUUGAUCUUCAGAAUGCUCUGUUCUGCAACCAGCUUGAAAUACAGAAGCUCCAGAGGCUCGUACGCCAGAAAGAACGGCGACUGGCUGAUGUCAAGCGAUGCAUGCAGUUUGUAGAGGCUACAGCCCAGGAGACAGAGCAACAGAAGGAAGCUUCUUGGAAACAUAACCAGGAAUUACGAAAAGCUUUACAACACCUCCAAGGAGAAUUGCACAGUAGGAACCAACAGCUUCAUACUCUGGAGAUGGAAAAAUACAAUGAGAUUCGAAUCCGUGAACAAGACAUUCAACACUUACAUCAAAGUCUGCAUCUCAAAGAGCAAUUGCUUCGGGAACUUCAGGAGCUCCUACAACAUGGAGAUAACCCAGACAAAACUCUCAAAACAAGUGAGGUGUUGCUUGAGAAAAUGCAGCAACAAAUACAAGACCGAGCUGCUGAUCUGCAGCGGGCUAUAGAUGAAAAGUUCUCUGCUCUGGAGGAAAAGGACAAGGAAUUGCAGCAGCUUCAUCGUGCGGUGAGAGAGCGUGAUCAUGAUUUAGAGAGACUUCGCAGUGUCCUGUCUGCCAACGAAACUACCAUGCAAAGUAUGGAGGGCCUCCUGAGGGCCAAAGGCCUGGAACUGGAACAGUUAGCUGCCACCUGUCAGAACCUCCAGUGGCUGAAGGCAGAACUGGAAACCAAAUCUGGCCAUUGGCAGAAGGAACAAGAGAGCAUCCUUCAGCAGCUGCAGACAUCCCUGCAAAACAAGGACAAGGAAGCGGAGGAUCUCAGGGCAACAUUACUCGGCAAACUGGGACCUGGUCAGAGCGAAGUAGCUGAGGAGCUGUGCCAGCGCCUGCAGCAGAAGGAGAGGAUGCUGCAGGACCUUCUGAGUGACCUGAAUAAACAAACUGCGGAGCAUGAGAUGGAGAUCCAGGGGCUGCUUCAGUCGAUGAGCACCAGGGAGCAGGCCAGCCAAGCUGCUGCAGAAAAAAUGGUACAAGCCUUCCUGGAAAGAAAUACAGAAUUACACGCCCUGCGGCAGUACUUAGGAGAGAGAGACCUAAUCAACUCUCGGGCACUCCUCUUAAACCAACAAGCUAAAGGGACUUCCAUUGGUCCCCACCUUGGAGAGAAGACUGAUCAAAGCUCUGUGCAGGUGCCCUCUGGAGCCGGUAGCACUUUGCUGACUGCUAGAGAAGAUGCCGGCGUGCCCAGGUCCACAGUAGGAGACUCGGACACAGUUGCAGGGCUGGAGAAAGAACUGAGUAAUGCCAAGGAAGAACUCGAGCUUAUGGCUAAAAAAGAAAGAGAAAGCCAGAUAGAGCUGUCUGCUCUGCAGUCCAUGAUGGCUGUACAAGAGGAUGAGCUUCAGGUGCAGGCCGCUGACUUGGAGUCGCUGACCAGGAACAUACAGAUAAAAGAAGAUCUCAUAAAGGACCUGCAAAUGCAACUGGUCGACCCUGAAGACAUACCAGCCAUGGAACGCCUGACCCAAGAGGUCUUACUUCUUCGGGAAAAAGUUGCUUCAUUAGAAUCCCAGGGUCAGGAAGUUUCAGGAAACCGGAGACAACAGUUGCUGCUGAUGCUAGAGGGACUGGUAGAUGAACGGAGUCGGCUCAACGAGGCCCUGCAAGCUGAGAGGCAGCUGUACAGCAGUCUGGUCAAGUUCCACGCCCAUCCAGAGAACUCUGAGAGAGACCGAACUCUGCAGGUGGAACUGGAAGGGGCCCAGGCAUUACGUGGUCGCCUAGAAGAAGUUCUUGGAAGAAGCCUGGAGCGCUUAAGCAGGCUGGAGACCAUGGCCGCCAUUGGAGGUGCUGCUGCAGGCGGUGACCCUGAAGAUACAAGCACAGAGUUCACAGACAGCAUCGAGGAGGAGGCUGCCCACAACAGCCACCAGCCACUCAUCAAGGUGGCCUUGGAGAAAAGCCUGGUGACCAUGGAGACCCAGAACAUAUGUCUUCAGCCCCCUUCCCCGGCAGGAGGGGACAGUAACAGGUGUCUUCAGGAAGAACUGCUCCACCUGAGGGCUGAAGUCCACCAGCACUUAGAGGAGAAGAGAAAAGCUGAGGGGGAACUCAAGGAGCUGAAGGCUCAAAUCGAGGAAGCAGGAUUCUCCUCUGUGUCCCACAUCAGGAACACCAUGCUGAGCCUUUGCCUUGAGAAUGCAGAGCUGAAAGAGCAGAUGGGGGAAGCAAUGUCUGACGGAUGGGAGGUCGAGGAAGACAAGGAGAAGGGUGAGGCGAUGGUGGAGACUGUGGACGCCAAAGCGGGUGUGGAUGAGAGCAGCCUUCAGGCUGAGUUCAGAAAGGUCCAGGGGAAGCUCAAGAGUGCCCACAACAUCAUCAGCAUCCUCAGAGAACAGCUGGUCCUGAGCAGCUCGGAGGGGAGCAGCAAAGUGAUGCCAGAGCUCCUCGUGCGCCUGGCCAGGGAGGUGGACAGAAUGAACACGGGCCUGCCUUCCCCUGGCAAGCAUCGACACCAAGAGCAGGAGAAUGUGACCACGAGGCCUGGCCGCAGACCCCAGAGUCUCAGUCUCGGGGCAGCCCUCUCAGUGGACACCCACCAACUGGAGAACAAACCCCAGGCCCAAGACUCUGGACACCAGCCAGAAUUUAGCCUACCAGGGUCCACCAAACACCUGCGUUCCCAGCUGGCUCAGUGCAGACAACGGUAUCAAGACCUCCAGGAGAAACUACUCAUCUCAGAAGCCACCGUGUUUGCCCAGGCAAACCAGCUGGAGAAGUACAGGGCCAUAUUCAGUGAAUCCCUGGUGAAACAGGACAGCAAGCAAAUCCAGGUGGACCUUCAAGACCUGGGCUAUGAGACUUGUGGCCGGAGUGAGAAUGAAGCCGAACGUGACGAGACCACCAGCCCCGAGUGUGAGGAGCACAAUAGCCCGAGACCCGUGAUGCUCAUGGAGGGGCUGUGCUCUGAGCAGGGCUACCUGGACCCCGUCCUGGCCAGCCCCCCUGCGAAGAAGCCGUACGGGAACAAACUGGGGAGGCAGGAGGAGUUCCAGGUGCAUGGCAAUUCUGACGACAGCUCUAUCCUGAGGAAGGACAUCAGAGAUCUGAAAGCCCAGCUCCAGAAUGCCAACAAAGUCAUUCAGAACCUCAGGAGCCGGGUUCGGUCCCUCUCGGCCACAAGUGAUUACUCCUCUAGUCUGGAGAGACCCCGGAAGCUGAGAACCAUCGCAACCCUUGAGGGGUCUUCACCUCGCAGUGUCACUGAUGAAGAUGAAGGGUGGCUGUCUGAUGGCACUGGGGCUUUUUACCCUCCAGGGCUACAGGCCAAAAAGGACCUGGAGAGUCUCAUCCAGAGAGUGUCCCAGCUGGAGGCCCAGCUCCCAAAAACUGGACUAGAGGGGAAGCUGGCUGAGGAGCUGAGGUCUGCCUCGUGGCCUGGAAAAUAUGAUUCUUUGAUUCAGGAUCAGGCCAGAGAACUAUCAUAUCUGCGUCAAAAAAUACGAGAAGGGAGAGGCAUUUGUUAUCUUCUCACACAACAUGCGAAAGACACAAUAAAGUCUUUUGAGGACCUCCUGAGGAGCAAUGACAUUGACUACUACCUGGGCCAGAGCUUCCGGGAGCAACUGGCCCAAGGGGGUCAGCUGAUGGAGAGACUCACCUGCAAACUCAGCACUAAGGAUCAUAAAAGUGAGAAAGAAGAAGCUGGGCUUGAGCCGCUGGCCCUCAGGCUCAGCAGGGAGCUACAGGAGAAGGAGAAAGUGAUUGAAGUCCUGCAGGCCAAGCUGGACACCCGGUCUCUCUCGCCCCCCAGCAGCCACGCCUUGUCAGAUUCCCACCGCUCUGCCAGCAGUACGUCCUUACUGUCUGACGAGAUUGAGGCCUGCUCUGACAUGGACGUAGCCAGCGAGUACACACUCUAUGAAGAGAAGAAGCCUUCACCCGGUCACUCAGAGUCCAUCCAUCAUUUGAGUCGUUCUGCUGUGUUGUCUUCUAAACCAUCAGCAACCAGUGCGUCUCAGGGGCUUCAGGUCGAGUCCAGCAACAGCCCCAUCAUCUUGCCAACUCCCCAGAGCAUCCCCAAGGAGGCCCGCCAGGCCCACUCAGGCUUUCAUUUUCACUCCAUACCCAAGCCAGCUAGCCUUUUCCAGGCACCAAAGCACUCAACUCCACCCAGCUUCCUGCCUUUCAGGCCCUCUGACCCGCCCCCUCUUGGUUGCUGUGAGACACCGGUGGUGUCCUUGGCUGAGGCUCAACAGGAGCUGCAGAUGCUGCAGAAGCAGCUGGGAGAAAGUGUUAGCAUGGCUCCUCCUGCCUCCACAGCGACACUGCUGAGCAGCCAUGCAGAAGCUAGCUCUCCCCGCUACCUCAACCCCACUCGGCCCCACUCUCCUACAAGGGGCAUCAUAGAGCUGGGCAGGAUCCCCGAGCCUGGAUACCUGGGUAGCAGUGGCCAGUGGGACAUGAUGAGGCCUCAGAAAGGGAGCAUCUCUGGGGACCUGUCCUCAGGUUCCUCGCUGUACCAGCUUAACUCCAGACCCACAGGGGCCGACCUGUUGGAAGAGCAUCUCAGUGAGAUCCGGAGCCUGCGCCAGCGCCUGGAGGAGUCCAUCUGUGUCAACGACCGGCUUCGGGAGCAGCUGCAGCACAGGCUCAGCUCCACUGCCCGGGAAAGUGGCUCCACCUCCCACUUCUACAGUCAGGGCCUGGAGUCUGUGCCUCAGCUCUACAAUGAGAACAGAGCCCUAAGGGAAGAAAACCAAAGCCUGCAGGCUCAGCUCAGUCAGGCUUCCAGAGGACACUCCCAGGAAAUGGACCGCCUGCAGGAGGCGCUGCACUCCUCUCGAUCCCAGCUUCAAGAGCUGGAGAAGGAGCUGGAGCGGCAGAAGGCUGAGCGGCAGCAGCUGCUGGAAGACUUACAGGAGAAGCAGGAAGAGAUCUUGCAUUUCCGGGAGGAGAGGCUAUCGCUCCAGGAGAAGGACUCCAGACUGCAGCACAAACUGGCUUUCCUGCAACAGCAGUGCGAGGAAAAGCAGCAGCUCUCCCUAUCCCUGCAGUCAGAGCUCCAGAUCUACGAGUCACUCUGUGGAAACCCUAAGACCGGCCUGAAAGCUUUCAGCCUAGAUUCCUGUCACCAAGUCCCCAGUGAGUUAAGCUACCUGGUAGCUGAGAUCCGAGCUCUGAGAGGGCAGUUGGAGCAGAGCAUUCAAGGGAACAACCGUCUGCGGCAGCAGCUGGAGCAGCAGCUGGAUUGUGGUGCUGGCAAAGCCAAUCUCAACCCCUCCUCUGUUAGCCAGAGCUUCUCAGCCAGUGUGGAAUCUGCAAGCACCCUGUCACUCAUCCAAGGUUCAGCCACUUCCCCUCCAGUCAGGGAUGUUGGCUUGAAUUCUCCAGCCAUGGUCUUCCCCAGCUCUUCUUGCUCUGUUCCUGGCUCAGACCCUGCCAUCACCACCAGGACAAAUGAGCUGGGUUCAAAUGAUUCUGCAGUGAUGAAGAACCCUCCCAAGCUGGAGGGUGAUGCCACUGAUGGCUCCUUUGCCAACAAGCGUGGCCGACAUGUUAUCGGCCAUAUUGAUGACUACAGUGCUCUACAGCAGCAGAUUGGGGAAGGCAAGCUGCUGGUUCAGAAGAUACUGUCUCUCUCAAGGCUAGCAUGCAACACCCCUGGACCUGAAGCUCCGGGCACAGAGGUGCCAGGUAACAAAAGUGUCCGUGAGCUGCGGAGCAGCGCCAGUGCUCUGAGCCACACCCUGGAAGAGUCAGCAUCUCUCCUCACCAUGUUCUGGAGAGCAGCCUUGCCAAGCCAGCAUGGGCCAGGACUGGUAGGCAAAGCGGGACAGUUGAUAGAGAAAGAACUCCUGGACCUGCGAGCCCAAGUGUCCCAGCAGGAACAGCUCCUUCAGAAAACUAACGAACGUCUGAAGACAGCCAAGCAGAAGAAGAAGUACAUGGAACAGUACAUCGUGAACCACCUGACCAGGACCCAUGAUGUCUUGAAGAAAGCACGGACUAAUUUAGAGCACGGCUCUUACAAGAUUUCCUCUGUGCAGCCAUAUUCCUGUCCCAGCAAAGGUGAAGUCCUUAAGGGCCCGGCCACGCACCUCAGCCUUGUGACCCUUGCCUUCCAGGAGCCCCACAAGAAACGAAGCCAGCAGCCCUUAGUACAGCAGGAAGGGUGGGCCUGCCCCUCUCUUGUGCGGCUGCCUGUCUGCUAAGGAAUACCUGGUUCCACCCUGCCCCUGCUGCAGGUCCAGGAAAAGGCUCAGAGAUGUGUCCCCAGGGGACAGACAGCACGGAGAGUGGCAUCCUGGCGGCAGUGAAUAGGAUCAGCCAAGCCCUCGGGCCGGCACUAAGCAGAGCUGAUGUAGACUGCACUGCGUAGAAGGCCGUGUGGCCCUGCUUCUAAACAGCCUCAGGGGCAUGACGUCACAGUUCUUGCCUCAGCAUCUGUCCUCAAGAUGGCCAACUCAGGGGAACUGGGACCUCGCUGCCCACAGACAGGAUGUGUGGUCCCAACACCAAAGCUGCUCGGACAGUUGUAAAAACACACUACUGAGAGACAGUGCCCCGCUGGACAGUGCUGGGGUUCAGAAAGCUCCCCUCACAAACCCACUCUUGACCCAGGCCAGCCCUAUGGGCCAAGCCAGGUAGUAAUUUGGUCUACACCACCGCACCAGAGUUCUUUGAGUGUACACAGCAAACAUGGUGACUUCUGGGUGCCACACGCUUAGCCUAGCACCUUCUGUCUCUUAUCGGAUCUCAAGUUGAACUGGCUCCCUUAAAUGUGCUGUCCCCCAUAAUUCUAACUUCCCUCAGGGGAGCAGGGGGCUGGUGGCCACAUCAUGCCUGUUGAAUGUCUAGCAUACCUGUACCUCUUUUAAUCGCAUGGGCGAGGCCUGUUCUGUGCUGAAGACGUGUGUCUUCGCAGUGCUCCUAGGAUGUGGGUGUGUGUAUAAAUGUAUAAUACAGAUAUAUAUGUUGCCAUGGCCCUGUGUUAAAGGCCAUACUGUGCAGACAGGUGGGUGGAAGGAUGCUACACAGUCUUUCUGAUGGCUAUUAAAGCAAACUGUGUAUAAA